AUGAUGGCGCGCUGGCUCCGCGACCGCCUUCUCUUCCGCAGCGCCAAGCCGGCGCCCCCGCAGCCGGACUACGCGGCGGCACCUGAGCGCCCGGACCUGCUGGCCGCCUACCGCCUGCAGCGCCAGCGCGACUUCGAGGAUCCCUACCGCGGCGGGGGCUCCGCGCCGGCCCCCGCCGCCCCCCGCCGCUGCCGCUCGCCCCGCCGGCGGCUCGUCCGGGUGGAAGGCGCCCCCGGGCUGGGGGAGCCGCCGGACCAGAAGGAGAACCAGAUGACCAUUCUGCAAGAUUAUUCGGAUCCAUUCGACACGAGGGAAGAAAUUCACCGUCAGGCGCAGGAGCAGCAGAGGGAUAAAAAUGAAGGCUACGUGGAACCGUUCGAAGCCCAGAAACCCCUGGCUGAGGUUCAGAAGGAGGGGUCCAAGGAGGGGCUGGCCCCCCAGAAGCCUCUGCACCUGUACGACACUCCCUACGAAGCCCCUGAGAACGAAGCGGGUCCAGAGGUCCGGCCUUCUUCUCAGCCUGCUGUCUCCUGCCGCUACUCGUGGUUGCCCGAAGAGGAUGAGAGGCCUCCAGAGGAGUACGACCAGCCCUGGGAGUGGAAGAAGGAGCGGAUCUCCAGAGUCUUUGCUGUGGACAUGGAAGGGAUCAAGGACUUGCUGUGGCCUCCCCCAGUUGGACAGCUGGAUGGUUCAACUCACCCGUCAGAGCCCGAGAAACAGCUUCUUCUCCAAAGCACCAGCUCCAGAGAUGCUUCCCGGGGCCUCCAGAAUGCCAGCCCCGGCACUCCGGACUCUUCUGCUUCGUCCUGUCCCCUGGAAAUCCAUAGUGCAACAAUGAAAAACCCUGUGCCGGCGGGCCUAGAGGGAAAGAGCGCCCCCUGCUGGCUGAGCCCGGAGGCUGGGGUGCCUUUUGGCGAAUAUGUCAAUCCUGCACUGCCACUAGAGAGCCAAGCGUGGUAUCAUGGGACUUUGAGUCGGGUGGAUGCCGAGAGUCUUCUCCGACUUUGCCGGGAAGCGAGUUAUCUGGUUCGGAACAGUGAAAGUAGCCACGAUGCCUUUUCCCUCUCUCUCAAGAGCAGCCAAGGGUUCCUUCACAUGAAACUCCUGCAGACUGAGGACAACAAAUUUGUCUUGGGUCAGCACAGCCCGCCCUUCAACAACAUCCCAGAGGUCAUCCACCACUACGCCAGCCACAAGCUGCCCAUCCAGGGGGCUGAACACAUGUCCUUGCUCUACCCAGUCUCUACUCAGCCCUCCAAUUGCCUGGACGCAGAACUGUGACUUGCACUGAAGGACCCAAAAGCCAUGGUUGGUUGGACCAUUUGUGGUCUACAUGCCCUUGUCGCAUGGAGCAGACAGGAUCUACCUAAGGUUGCAGGCAGAGGUCUGCAGAUCCAAGAAUGGUUGUAUCAUACGCUCCAUAUUUGCCAACUCAACCACAUCUUGCAUGUUGGACUCUAAAGCAUUCUUCAAGGGUGCCAGAUCACCCUUCUCCACGUAGGGAGUGGUCAGUUCUGAGAUUGACCAUGUGAGUGUCAUCAAAUCCAGUCUUGUGUGCCCAUGUCCCUGCAUCCACACCCUCACCUCCCAUAUUUGGAAUUCUGCUCCGUGCUCAUCCAUUCCUACCUCUUGGGUACAUCUAUUUUACUUCUUCACGGCUGCCUAAGCAAUGGAGGCUUUGCAGAUCAAGAGUCUGCACAAUCCAAUAUUGUGUCCAUCAACGUUUCUUGGGCAGCAGCUUGAAAGUUUGGCGACAACAAGAGAAGAAAUACAUCAGCUAAUGCCGGAAAUGCCACUUUAUUUCAUCCCUGACUUUCAAAAUGCCCUUCCUCAACUGAGUUAUUUAUACAUCUGUGUCACUCUUUAGAUCAGUGGUUCUCAACCUGUGGGUCGGGACCCCAUUUGGGGUCGAACGACCAUUUCACGGGGGUCGCCAAACAACGCAGUCCACCAUUUUUUUCCCCUUUUCCUUAGCUGUGCUAC